AACGAGUUGGAUCUGUUUUGUAGUCCCUGUAUGGGGGGUUUAGGUGGUCUGUUUCCUUUUUUAUUUUUUGAAAAAUCUUUACCUUUUUUUCUGUAUUUGCCCAUUCGGUGUGAAUGACCCGAAUCAAUAAAAUAUAUCUUCGAAUGUGAUUUUAUAAAUAGGGGUCUGAAGGAAUGGAUCCGCGGGUGUCAGAGCUCUUCGGUACCGGCGCCGGGUUGAAGUCCGGCUCGCAGGGACUGGGCUCAGGUGCGGGCAACGGGUUUGGGCUGGGGUUGAAAAAGCCCGGUUCGAAAAGCGGGAAAAAGGCAAAGAGUAGAUCCAGCAGAGGCACAAAACCCAGCAACAACCCACCAUACCUACCUCCGGAGGCUGAAGAAGGAAAUAUCGAAUACAAGCUGAAGCUAGUGAACCCCACGCAGUAUCGCUUUGAGCACCUGGCCACGCAGCUGAAAUGGCGUCUGCAGGAGGGCCGCGGCGAGGCCGUCUACCAGAUCGGCGUGGAGGACAAUGGGCUCCUGGUGGGCCUGUCGGAGGAGGAGAUGAGGGCGUCGCUCAGGACUCUGCGCAGGAUGGCAGAGAAGGUUGGCGCUGACAUCACGAUCCUCAGAGAAAGAGAGGUAGACUACGAUUCCGACGUCUCCCGAAAGAUCGCGGAGGUCCUGGUGAGGAAGGUGCCGGACGACCAGCAGUUUCUGGACCUGCGUGUGGCAGUGCUGGGAAACGUGGACUCCGGAAAGUCCACCCUCCUGGGCGUGCUGACGCAAGGUGAGCUGGACAACGGCCGAGGGCGGGCACGUCUCAACCUCUUCAGACACCUCCACGAAAUUCAGUCUGGGAGGACGUCCAGCAUUAGCUUUGAGAUCCUGGGCUUCAACAGCAAAGGGGAGGUGGUGAACUACAGCGAGUCUCGUACGGCAGAGGAGAUCUGCGAGAGCGCCUCCAAGAUGAUCACGUUCAUAGACCUGGCCGGGCACCACAAGUACCUGAAGACCACCAUCUUUGGCCUCACCAGUUACUGCCCUGACUUUGCCAUGCUGGUCGUUGGCGCCAACACCGGCAUCGUGGGCACCACCAGGGAACACCUAGGGCUGGCCAUGGCUCUGAAGGUGCCCAUCUUCAUCGUGGUCAGCAAGGUGGACCUGUGCCCGUGUGGCACUGUGGAGCGCACCGUGCGGCAGCUGGAGCGGAUCCUCAAGCAGCCUGGUUGCAACAAGGUCCCCAUGGAGGUGGCCAGCGAGGACGACGCCGUCACCGCCGCCCAGCAGUUUGCUCAGUCACCCAGCAUCACACCGAUCUUCACCCUGUCCAGCGUGUCGGGGGAGAGCCUAGAUCUGCUCAAGGUGUUUCUCAACAUCCUGCCCCCCCUCAGCAACAGCAAGGAGCAGGAGGAGCUCAUGCAGCAGCUCACCGAAUUCCAGGUGGAUGAGAUCUACACUGUGCCAGACGUGGGCACAGUGGUAGGAGGAACUCUCUACAGUGGGAUUUGCCGUGAGGGCGAGCAGCUGGUGGUGGGCCCCACGGACGAGGGCAAAUUCCUGGGUCUGACGGUGUGCAGCAUCCAGAGGAACCGCUCGGCCUGCAGGGUGCUCCGGGCGGGCCAGGCCGCCACGCUGGCACUGGGGAGCUUUGACCGCUCGCUGCUUCGAAAGGGCAUGGUGAUGGUGAGUCCGCAGAUGAACCCCACCAUCUGCUGGCUGUUUGAGGCUGAGAUCGUGCUGCUCUUCCACGCCAAGACCUUCCACAAAGGCUUCCAGGUGACAGUGCAUAUAGGAAACAUCAGGCAGACGGCCAUGGUGGAGCGUCUGUACGGGAAGGAGGAGCUCCGCACAGGGGAGAAGGCAGUGGUGCGUUUCAGGUUCAUCAAGCAUCCCGAGUACUUGAAGGUGGGCGCCAAGCUGCUGUUCCGGGAGGGCGUGACCAAGGGCAUCGGACACGUCACCAGUUUGCAGCCAGUCUCCCUGUAACACCGCACACCCAGACCAGUCCUCCGCUGAUGACGAUUCAGCACCGCCACCCCCCACCCCCCCUUCCCCAUUUUGUCCCUCUUUGGUCUGGGUUGGCCUCUGGAUAACGUUUGCUGCCUCACCUUGCCAGCCCCCACUUUUUAUAAAACAAGAAGUGCUGUUAGCAUGCACUAACAGUUUUACAUGCCAGAUUUUAAUACGUCCAUCCCGAGACUCAUUCACCAGAUUAUUGACCAGCAAGACUUGGUGUCGAAGCUGAUAGCCUGCCACACUAGUUCUGCUGUUUUUAGCAAUCUGAAAAAUACAUCAGAUAUAUUUUACUUCUGAAAUAUGUGAAUAUUAUGCUGAGGCAGCUACGUGACUAAACCAGGCAGUUCUAGGUCAAGUAGAGUGCAACUGCGUAGUAUUGAAGGAAAUUGGGCAGCUUUAAGAAAGAAAAUAUCCUUGAAAGUUGCCGAAGUCGCGCUGGAUGUUGAGAUGUCUGUCACAUGCAUAACUCUGCUAAACGUUUAAAGGGAGGCAUAUCCAGCGGUUGGCCCAAGUAAGUUUGUCUUGAGUGAAAUUUGAACGUGCGAACAGUCUUCUCAGCUGGAGACGUUUACAAUACCAAAAAAAAAAAGAGUCCUCUCUCUUUAUGGCAGCUACUAGAUGUCCUCUGGCCUCAGCGAUAAGCCAGGGUAAGAAGGUCCCCCCUUAUCAGACCCAAGCCCUGGGACUGGUGGGAUAUUUUUGGGCCCCAGAACAGCAUCGCCACUAAGGGCAGCUUAGAGACAGGCGGCACAAGAUUGAUUACUUGGGAGUUUCUCUCAGUAACUGUAGAAACAUGAUGGCAUUAAGAGGCAUUUAUAUUGACAGUAGCCGCAGAGGUUCUGGAAUCACAGGGGGAUCUUCUGCUUUUACGGACCCGUCUUGUCUCGUGCAUAUCUGGGCAGAUCGCCCAAUCUCUGCCUGAACUCAAGAACAGAAAGGCUCCAUCAGCCCAGUCAAGCGGGACCUUGAUGGGAUUUCUGUAAAUCACGAGCUGGAAUCAUUGCCUUUUGUAAAAUCGAAGCUGACAGUCAGUAAACAGAAUUCUGUCUGUUUCUUACAAGUGCUUUAGUUCCACUGCAGAGUAUUUUUAAACGACUGCAUUCUGUUUGUAAGCGAUCGAUUGUUAACUUGCCCCAAGGUGCAUCUUCGAGCAGCACACUGAAGAUGCCUGACCAAAGUCUGGUAGCUUUGGGGACCCGAGACCCAAGCUGGCGAGGUCACCGUCACCGGCAGAGCCGAGUGAGCAUGCGCUAAUCCAGCCUCUUUGAGCGGCUCACUUCAACCGCGACGCCACCAAGUGGUCGCGUUUAGAGCAGUCUCCCGGAUUCGUCUCCUGUUACCGUUAUCGCUUCUUUAAGUUGUGGGGGUUAAACUUAGUGCCUACAAGAGGGACAACUGUCACGUCUCCCUGAGUUUCCGGAAUGUUUUUGUUAAACCUUCGUUUGGUGCUACUCUUUGGAACCGAAUGGGGACGACGUGUUUUUUCGGACACCACGCUCUGGGCCGUUUCUCCCACAUCAUUCACGAAGGACGACUUAGUUCCUCAUUAAAAUGCAGCAAAGGCUCCAAAGUAGAAACAUUUAAUCGUUUCAGAUCCCAGCUUCUAUCUGGACGAUUUUGUUCAUAAUUCUUGUGCAAUUUUUUUUUCCCAGGGGGAGACUUAUAUACAAACCAAAACCAUCUUUAGAGAACAGUGUAUCAGCUGUUUGAACCGUUCUCACUGUUUCAAAGUGUUUUUUAUUUUAUAACUUUGUAGGUCACCUUUUAGCAAAUUUUUUAAACAUCAUUUUCAUUUUUCCUCCACUAGUUAGGAGUACACCCGAAUAUCACACCUGAGUAUCACAAACAUUGUUUCUUUUACCAGGUACCAAUGCAGGAAUGUUUUUAAAACAUAGUAAUAUUUUAAUCUUUCUUUUGACUGAAUUAUCAGAGACUUAUGUACAGUUCCAGUUUGUAUAUUAUUGUGUAUAUAAAUAAAUCUUUAUUACAGACCUA